UGGGUUUUCGGAUGUUGGUGACGCAGUGAAGUCAGGCUGUGGUAAAAUGUUUCCUGUAAAUCACAUGGAAGCUGAACGACAGUUUGUAGAGAGUGGGGAACGAGCCAGGGGUGGAAGAGCUGAGUAGUAUGUCUGUGGUGGCGGGGGCACGGCCGUGGGCCUUUAUCCUGACAAUGUCUACUCUCCAAGUGCUUGGAGAAAUACCGAUACCUACAAAUUUACAAAUUCAUGCUUAUAAUCUAAAGUAUGAGCUUAAAUGGGAUGAUGUGCAACGAGAUAAUUACAGUGUGAGCUAUACUGUACAGCGCAAAAGAAUUUGUGAAGCACAAGUAAACCACGUAAUGAACAUUAAUACUAAUGUUGGAAACUGGGCAGACGUGAAGGGAUGUAAAAGCAUCAACGAAACACAAUGUGAUUUAACUUCAAAGAACAUCCAUUUUUUUGGAAGCUAUACCUUCCGUCUACGAGCACAACAGGGGAAUCAAACAUCAGCUUGGUUGAAAUCAGCAUGCUUUGCGCCCUAUAAACACAAUAAAAUUGGUCCUCCGUCGAUACAAAUGGACUCAAACGAAAAUACUCUUAAUGUCUACAUCUCAGACCUACAAACAGAAAAUAGCAAAUCCAUCCAGAAAACUUACAAAGAUAUUAAAUACAGGAUAAUUUUCUGGAAAAAAUAUUUAAACCAAACUAUACAUGUGAAAAACAGCACACGUACACUAGUGUCACUGGAACUUGAACCUUGGACUACAUACUGUCUGCGUGUUCAGAUUUUCAGCUCUACAAUUGGAGUAGAAGGACAGUUUAGUGAGGUGGUAUGCCACAUGACUAAAGGUACUAUUCCACUGUGGCAGAUUGGUGUAACCUUUAUCAUCUCACUGGUGGUUGUUUUUGGUGUGACAUUAGGAUGCUUAUUCUGUAUAUAUUGCACAUACCGAUGCAUAAAGUAUGCCUUCUUUCCACCACACAUUUUGCCAGAGCAUUUACAAGAGUAUUUCAGUGAACCUACCCAGAAUGCAUUCAUUGAACUAGCACCAGAGGAAGAUGCUGAAGAGUGCUGUGAUCAACUCAAAGUCAUUUUUGAAACUGAAAACCUGAGUACAUACUCCAGUUCUUUAACUUUACCAAAUACUGGAAAUGAGAUAAGUGAUGACAAUGGUCAAACCAGUACAGAUUCUGGACAGUUUUCUAAUGAAGGAAGUUCCAACAGUAACAGUUCGGAAGAAUCAGAGGGAAGUGUAUUAACCAGGCUAGAUCUGCAGAUUUCAACUGGGUCCUUUUAUGAUUAAAGAUUCUGUUGAUCUUCAACAUUUCAGGGAAAUGGUUGUUCAAGCUGCCAUAAGCAAAUAUGGUGCGAAAAAAAUAAAUGUUUUGGAUGUAGGGACCAAAUAUUAUAUUUCCAGAUUUGCUGAUGGCACAAAACUAGGUGGAAAUGUGAGUUGUAAGAAGAAUGCAAAGAUGCUUCAAGUAAAUCUUAAACUGACUGAGUGGGCAAGAGUUUGGCAGAUGAAAAAUGAUAUGAAAACCUUUGGAAUUGUCAACCUUGGUAAGAAAAACAGUUUCUCUUAAAUGGUGGAAGAUUGGAAAAUGUUGAUUUUCAAAGAGACCUGGGUGGCCUUAUUCGUACAUCACUGAAACUUAACAUUUUUAUGAUCCUAGCUGAUACUACUACUGGAGAAGUCAUUCUGGCCUAACAGAUUUAUUUUUUAAAGUUAUUUAAUAUGAUGGUCAUUAAUUGAAACAUUGUCACUUGAGGCUGCAGUGUUUCUGUAACAAUAGAACAGAAUUUUGUUAUAAAAUGGUGAAAACACAAAAAUAAGCUAAUGAGAUCAAACAUAAUUAGAAAAAAAAUCUUAAAAUGCACAGCAAAACAAAGUCAAAGCUGUUCUCUGACAUCACUUCACAGUGAUGCAAAUUCAUAGAGGUUACCGCUAUAUAUCUAAUUACUAAUUUUGACUUAAUUGAUCUUCCUCCGUUCUUACCUGUGAAAUGUGAAAUUGUUUUACAUGAGUAUGCACAAAUCUAAGAGUUUAGAUUUUCUCAGUCCCUCGUAGUCUGCAAAUUUCUAACCAGACAUUCCUGGUUUGGAUGUUGCACCAAACUUAAUAUUUCUACUGAGGUAGUGGUGCUUGCCACGAACUGUUCUAUUCUCCUUUUUCAGAGAGAAGCUAUAUUUGCUUCUACCCCAGCCAAGUAUCCUUCAAAUUCCAAAUAACAUUUGAUCUCUGGGUUUCCAAAUAAACAGUCAAGCUUUGAUCAUCCUGAACCAAAAAAAACACUAGCUGAUGGCUCUCUGUGUUUACCCACAUUCAUAAACCACCACAUUAAAAACAAUUCUCCAUUAUGUCUAAAAGUUUCAUGCUCUCUGAGAGAUACUGCAUGAGGUCACUGCUCCAGAAAGACUUCAAGGAGAAAGUGAGGACUGCAGAUGCUGGAGAUCAGAGCUGAAAAUGUGUUGCUGGAAAAGCGCAGCAGGUC